GCUGAUCGCUUCACGGACGCUGUCAGGCUUCGGCCCCUAGAGGAAGCAGAACGGAUCAAAAUCAUCGCAGUGGCCUCUAUUCGCGCCCAGGGUUUUCCUCAAAUUGGAAUUGGGGAACGAGCGGGAAAUGGUGAUCGGCCCCGGCGGCGGCAGCGGCAGCGGAGCGAAGAAGCAGAGGGCGGAUGAGCAAGGGGACGGAUGCGAGGCGGUGGGUGCGGAUGCGGAUCCGAUCCCUUUGGACCACUCCUCGGUGCUGCCCAACGACCUGCGGUAUCUCAUCCUGACGCACCUCCCCCUCAAGUACGCCAUCCGCACGGGGGCGCUCUCGCGCGAGUGGCACGGCCUGUGGAAGCGCCGGUGGUCGCACCGCGACCCCGCCGAGGGCGAGGUGCACCUCCGCCGAGGUGCCGGCUCGAGGAGAGAGCUGCACAAGUUUGAGCAGCAGCGGCGACCGCUCCCCCCGAUGGACCGUUUCUCCCUCGUCGUCGAGACUGGGCUCAGGUCCUCGGAGCUCCGGCGCUUCAUGAGGUACGCCGCCGACCGCCGCGUCCAGGACCUCCACGUCGAGACACGGAAGAGCAUCAAGAAGAACGAGAACCUCAACUUCCACCUGCCGCUGUCGAGCCCGGCCCUCGUGCGCCUCUCGCUCCGCCGCAUCAACAUCUCCAACAUGUACUACAGGGGCGCCCAGCCGUUCCGCGCUCUCGAGGUCAUCCAGCUCUACCUAGUCUGCAUUAAUGUGUGCUUCGCAAAGAUGAUGGGGCUGUGCCCCAGCCUGCUCACUCUCGACCUGCGAGGCUGCGUCAUCAGCUGCGGCGCUCAAAGAUUGUUUGUGCCGCCGACCGUCAGGAAUGUCACCGUCGCGGAGUGCGGCGGGUAUUCCAAACUGUGGUUGAGGCUCGCGCCUAACCUUCGCUCCUUCCGUUACAGCGGCGACGUCCGCAGCAGGCCCUUCUACCUUCCAUUGCAAGCCACCGCGCUUGCUGAUCUUUAUAUUCGGUCUGCCAACCGGCUAGAAGGAACAAGCCAGCACAAUGCCGAUAAUCUGAGAUUUGCUAUCCCCAAGAAUUUACCAGGCCUCAACGUUCUCACCAUCUGUUCCAAUGCCCUCCAGGUUGCAUCAUAUUCCUUGCCAAUGCCAAAUGACGGUGCCCCGUUCCCUACUCGCAACUUACGCAGUUUGAGAGAACUUCAACUGCUCAUGUUAGACAUGGAAGCUGUCAACCUAGCUGACCUCUUCGUGUUCCUCAAGACCUGCCGAUGUCCUAAUCUGGAGAGGAUCUUUGUGCAGGUUAACCAACACCUUUGCUCCCGGCCUUCAGUCAUGUGCCCGUGAAAGGUCCCAUUGAUGAGGUGAUGGAAGAGCCAUCUCAGGAUGGCUAUGGUUUUGACAACCUUGUGAUGGUGAAGGUCAUGAACUUCAAUUGGCGCCCUACCGAGGUGCAGCUAUUGGGUUUUUUGUUGAGGAGAGCUAGCCCCCUAUGUGAACUAUUGAUAGUUUCUAAUAAUGCCAUGCCUCUGAAUUUGUCUGGUGUACCAGACGAAGAUCUUACGCUUCUACUAGAUGGUAUCGACAAUGGCAAGAUAACGGUGAGGAAGUCUGACGAUGCUGAAAUUCAGCCAUGUCAUUCAGAGGACUUUAUCAAGUUCUAGUUGUCAGUGACAAGGAGGGUUCAGAACCAUAUGGAUAUAGCAAUACCAAACUGUUAGGGAAUUAUCCCUUUUUUAAUUGGUUGUAGCUCUUAUAGCUCUUCUGUCCACCGUUCUUAUGAUUGUAGCAGUAUCAAUACAUGAAUUUUUGGCUGUUCCGAGUGCUAAAAAAAAGAACCAUUAAGCAAGAUUUGGACAAGGAUUCUUGGCUAAUA